CGCGCCCGGGCAGCACCGGCAGGACCUCAUUUCAUCCCGCAGCCAUUGAACUGCCCCCAAGCAACGCGCCCAGAGAAGUGUGAAGCUUUAUAAAAAUUUAAAAGCGUCGGUGGUGGAAGCAGGAGUGGGGCGGAGCUUCAGUUUGACGGCUCCGUGAUGAGCAGGGAAGACUUGGAGCUGGGCAAUUUCAGUUUUCACCUCUCCGAACCGUGUAUGAUGUCCAUACCGGGAAGAGUCCUGUUGAAGAGUAGUAUCUCCGGUCCCACAAGGAAUUAGGAGCAAGUAAGUGAGGCUCCACGUGGGAGAAUAGUGCCUGCUCCGUCCAUCAUCAGAGGAAGCUCGCCGUUGCUAUGGAUACCGAAUCCACAUAUUCUGGAUAUUCCUACUACUCAAGCCAUUCAAAAAAAUCUCAUAGGCAAGGGGAAAGAACACGAGAAAGACACAAAUCUCCACGGAGUAAAGAUGGCAGAGGGUCAGAAAAGUCUGUCACCAUCCAGGCUCCCACUGGAGAGCCCCUGCUGGCAAAUGACUCAGGCGCUCCCACAGGCGCAGAGGAAGUUCAGGAUGACAACUGGGGAGAGACCACCACAGCCAUCACGGGCACCUCGGAGCACAGUAUAUCCCAAGAGGACAUUGCCAGGAUUAGCAAGGACAUGGAGGACAGUGUGGGGCUGGAUUGCAAGCGGUACCUGGGCCUUACAGUCGCCGCGUUCCUCGGACUUCUGGUGUUCCUCACCCCCAUUGCCUUCAUCCUGCUGCCCCAGCUCCUGUGGAGGGAGGAGCUGAAACCCUGUGGCGCCAUCUGUGAGGGACUCCUCAUUUCUGUCUCCUUCAAACUGCUCAUUCUGCUCAUUGGAACCUGGGCGCUCUUCUUCCGCAAGCAAAGAGCGGAUGUGCCACGGGUAUUUGUGUUCCGAGCCCUGUUGUUGGUCCUCAUCUUUCUCUUCGUGGUUUCGUACUGGCUUUUUUAUGGGGUCCGCAUUUUGGACUCUAGGGACCAAAAUUACAAGGACAUUGUGCAAUAUGCAGUCUCCCUUGUGGACGCGUUGCUUUUCAUCCACUACCUUGCCAUCGUCCUGCUGGAGCUGCGGCAGCUCCAACCUAUGUUCACACUGCAGGUGGUCCGCUCCACCGAUGGAGAGUCCCGGUUCUACAGCUUGGGACACCUGAGCAUCCAGCGAGCCGCGUUGGUGGUUUUGGAAAAUUACUACAAAGACUUCACCAUCUAUAACCCAAACCUCCUAACGGCUUCCAAAUUCCGAGCAGCCAAGCACAUGGCUGGCCUGAAAGUCUACAAUGUAGAUGCUGCCCUUAUGGCCAAACUGAAACUUUGUGUAGCAGAUGGGCCCAGUAACAAUGCGACAGGCCAGUCCCGAGCCAUGAUUGCGGCAGCUGCACGGCGCAGGGACUCCAGCCACAAUGAGUUGUAUUAUGAAGAAGCUGAACACGAACGGCGGGUGAAGAAGCGGAGAGCAAGAUUGGUAGUAGCAGUGGAAGAAGCCUUCAUCCACAUCCAGCGUCUCCAGGCUGAGGAGCAGCAGAAAUCUCCUGGAGAGGUGAUGGACCCCAGGGAGGCAGCUCAGGCCAUCUUCCCCUCCAUGGCCAGGGCGCUCCAGAAGUACCUGCGGACCACGCGCCAGCAGCACUACCACAGCAUGGAAAGUAUCCUGCAACACCUGGCCUUCUGCAUCACCAACAGCAUGACCCCCAAGGCUUUCCUCGAACGAUACCUCAGUGCGGGCCCCACCUUGCAGUAUGACAAGGAACGCUGGCUCUCGACCCAGUGGAGACUUAUUAGUGACGAAGCCGUGACGAAUGGGUUACGGGACGGAAUCGUUUUCGUCCUUAAAUGCCUGGACUUCAGCCUCGUCGUGAAUGUGAAGAAAAUCCCAUUCAUCGUCCUCUCGGAAGAGUUCAUAGACCCCAAAUCUCACAAGUUUGUUCUUCGCUUACAGUCUGAGACAUCAGUUUGAAAGUUCUAUAUUUGAGGCUUUAUGAAAAACAAAAGAAUAUAUAGAGAGAUAUAUAUGUCCGGGGGAAGACCUUUUAUAAAGAUUUUUUUUUUUAUUAUUCUUCGAUGCUGACUGAAACUGGCAGAUGACAGACCAGUAUCCUUCAACCAUCUGCACUUUAUUGGGAAGGAAGCAGGAGAUGUCCACCCACGACAAGCGACUGGUGGCAUCUGACUUUAAUAGAUGAGACUUCUGAGGAAGCUGUUCCCUGGAGUUUCUGUGACAGCUGUAAACCAAAGUGUAGCUGCUGUGUCCUUGGGAGCCUUGCCUUACUGGUCCCUGCCUGUUGCCCAGUACCAUGUUCCUAUGUACUUCUGGUCGACCCCCUCCUAGGUCCUAGGGGACUCACUUUAUUCUAUUUCAGGAAACCAGACACUACACAUCCACACGUGCGUUUGUACAUGUGAUUUUUCGUAUCACCACACCAUCCCGGGGAGUGGUGGGCGGUCCAGGAAAUGCCCGCCCACCUGCAUCUAUUCUUUGUUGCCUUAGAUUCCCUGGAGAAAGACCAACAGAAAAUGGGUGCUGCCGGUUACAGCCGCUAAGUGAUCGGCUUUCCAUUUUCCAGAGUGAGGGAACUACCUGCCCUGUUUCUGGCCCAUCUCUCUGUUGACCCGAGGCUGGUAGCCCUUCCCUACCCCUGGCAUUGCCCACCUGAACUCCACUGUAGCCCACUUUGAGCACUCAGACCACAGCUCCACCUGGUGGGCAGCCCCAGGGAGGCUAGCUCGGCCCUCCAGAGCUGACAGGGACUUGGCUUCCCAGUAUGCCCUCACGCUCUUUGCACAGAGUCUUUUUCAGAAGCAAGGUAUGGCCCUGGGGAGCCACUGAGCUGCAGAGCCCCCUUUAGGCUGCAGCAGGAGCCCCAUCUGCCCAGUCCUCCUUAGCACUGCUUUUCCCAAACCAGGAGAGACCAACACUGUGACUCCCAGGUGGCAGGUGCCCCUUGGAUCCAUCCAAUUUCCCAGGGAGACAAGUACUCACAAAGCUCAUGUGCCAAGCUGCCCUACCACAGGAGAUCAAACAAUGCCCACCACGCUGGCAACUACUGCUGUCCCAUCCCUGUGGUUUGGGACUACCAUCACUGUGCAACGUACUGCAAGGGAAAGGUUACUCUGCCCUUGUAUAAAUUGCCCUUAAUUAUUGGUCUGGAGGAGAAAAGGAAAGGGGGUGUCGGAAAAGGGACAGUGGGGGUUGGGUAUUGCAGUCCAGAAGGCCCCUUCUGUCAGCUGGUUUCAGAGGACUAGCCCCUUGGUGUCCUAUUUGUAGACAUGAGGUGCCUACUGGCAGAGCCCUGUGCAGGGAAGUGCCCAAGGAGCCAUGUCCCAAAACCUUGAAGUGGACUAUCUUGGUCUCUGUUUGCCUUCCUGUAUCUGAAACAAUGAUUCCCAGGUAUUCACUCUUUCCUUCCCCGGCUUCAGGGAUCUUGUUUCAGGAAAGGAGAACACUGUCAACAUGCUCCACAUCUGUGCAUGUAUACCCUUUCUGUUCAUGCAUUCCAUAAAUCACACUAUUUUAUCUGUCUUUUUUUAAAAAAAAAUCAAAAUUGGCUUGGGAUAUUUGCAAUGUGUCUGUACUUGGAAAAGUGAGCAUUCUUCUUCACUCAACAGCUUUUAGCUUGGAAAGAUGUGUUGGGAAAGGGAGGGAAAUCACAUGGGCGAGGCAUGGAGUCAAGAUGUCCCGUGUUAAUAACAUGGCUCUGUUUGAGACACGCAUCGUGGAACCAGGGUGCUUUGGUCUUAGUUUUUCCCUUUAGGUCCCUUCUGACUGGAAGUUCCUCAUGAUGUCUUUCUCAGGAAUAUUUUAGGAGAUAAGGUAAGGGGUGGGUAGUCUGUGAGAGACUGGCUGUCUGUGGAGGGUAACGUCACAGAGUAGCUGCUUGGCCACGAAUACCGUGCGGUCGUAAGUGCCAUAAAUGUAAAUAAUAUGGAGUUAAAUGUAACACUGCUCAUCAGGGCUUUAAAAUACUGUGCUUCCAAUGCUGUCUUAAAUUAUGGGUCUCAAAGGGGUUAAGUUGGAGUCAUGUAUUGGUGUGUGCAUUCCCAGCAGGGUAAGAAAGGUUUAAAUUAAGGAAUUAAUUUAUUUUCUCUCCUGCCCCCCCUCCCUCUAUGACUCUUUGCAUAGUAGAAUUUCAGACUUCCUGGAUGUAAAUUGAAUAUCGAUUUUUUUUUUUCAAAACAUGAAGUUUGCAUUGAUUCCUUCCUGGAAAAAAAAGCAAAAUCAAAAGCAAAUUAAGCUUGUGCUCCCAUCGUCUUAACAGCUUGAGUUACUGGUGCAGUGGGACCAUGGGAGCAAUACUUUGAAAAUGAAAUGUAAAGUUGCAGAAAGCUGCAUCACACAAUUGAAGAAGUAAAUUCUUACUUCAUUUCUUGCACUCCUGUAGCAUAUUGUUUUUCAAGGAUGUAAACUGUGCCCUAAGGCUAGAAGGAUGCAGGAGCCUAUUAGAGUACACGGGAUUCCAUUACCUUAAAUGUUUAUCGAUUUUCCCCCUAUAACUUUCAACCUGAGUUAUUAAAAUUCUAACAUUAAAUGUGGGAGAACCCAAUGCAGAGUGUAGGUCCGAUAUUGCUGGCUUUCCCUUAGUGAUUUUCAGUUGUCUACAAGGGUAGACAACUUUUGUUCAAAAGUGUGUGCUUAAAAAAAAAGAAAAAAGAAAACGCAGUCUUAAAUAGUCCAUGAAUUGACUGUUCUGCAUCAUGGGAGACAGAAUAGAUUUUAAAGUUAUAAGGCUCAUCCAUCCAUAGAUUAUCCACAGAGUCAAAAAACUCUUGGCUAAGGUUCAUAAAGUAAGCCCCAGAGAAAAUGCUUAACCAUCACGUCCCCCCACAAUUACCAUCUCCCUUUCUUCCUCUGACUCUCCCUUUCUAGAUCUGCAAGAAUACAGAUUCUUUACAACAGAGAGUGUGAAGUCAGUGACCUGGGUAUGUUUGUCUCUUCACAAUUCAUUGUUAGGAGUGUGGGACUCCUUUCUAAUGAAUGGGGAGCCUGGCCAUUCUGGCGAGUCUAAGAAAGGCUUAGGAUGCUCUCUUGCUGCCCCUCAAAUCAUUGGUGGUGGCGGCCAGCUCUCCUUUCUAUGCCAUCUUCUUGAGUGCAUGUAUUAAAUGUAACUGCUUGUCCCAGUCAGGGUCACCAUUCCUGUGAUGAAACACCAUGACCAAAGCAACUUGGGGAGGGAAGGGCUUAUUUGACUUAUACUUCCACAUCACAUUUCAUCAUCAAAUGAAGCCAGGAAAGGAACUUAAACAGGACAGGAACCUGGAGGCAAGAGCUGAUGCAGAGGCCAUGGA